AGCGGUGUUUUCGCGACAAACGGACUGCUCUUGCCGUUCUUCGAUUGCCUUUCUCCUCCUUUCUCUUUCUAUCUAUCUAUCUCUCUCUCUUUCUCUCUCCCUCUCUCUCUGACCACCGAGUUCUUCGUCGGGGAUCAUCGAUACUCGUCUGAGCGAUAGUCGACCACCGUGGUACGCGAUUCAUCGACGUCCCAGGGGAGACGGGUCCGAUCAUCAUCGACGCGUCACACUCCGGCCGAGAUCUUGGUUGACAGAUAAGGAAAAAGGAAUAUUCGAGCUCGGGCGGAGAUCAAGGGACGAGAUACGAGGAAAGAAGCGAAAAGAUGGAGGCGACGUUGUUCUAGCGUCGACGGGAAGCCAUCACAGGAGUAACGUUUGACAGUGGUGUAGCGAUAGAGAGAGAGAGAGCGAGCGAGAAAGAGCGAGAGCAGGGUUGUGAGCCACGGAAGCUCGACGUCGAUUCGAUCAGGGCUGCGGAUCGAAUCGGGGGUAUCGCUCGGCGAAAGCAACGGCCUCCACGAGGAAGAAACCGUGUUCGCGUUUGAUGAAUCUGUCGCGGGCCAGCCUAGUUAUGUUCUCGAUCGAGUACAGCAAGCAAUUCCUGAGCUACCGUAUACUCAAGUCGAACCGGUUCAAGUACAUCUGACGAUACGGACUCGGACUAAGUGUGAUAAAAGGGUGCGCGUUACGGCGAGAGUGUGUAUGUGAGUGUAUUGCCGUGUGUUCGACUUGUCGUUGGCAACGGUGCUCAGGGAAAGGAAUCGAACACGAGGAAGAUCCGGAGAGAGACGAUCCGAGCACUUUGGCAAGACCUGGAAAGUCUUGUUGGCCGAUUCUCACCGAUGCGCCUGUCGUUUCCGUCGCUCUUUACAUUCCGAGGAAACAGAGAGGCAUCAUCGAGAGCCUCGAGACUCGUUGGCGAGACGAUACUUCCGAAGACCAGAAUCCAUCGCGAGCGGAGACACAGCGAUUCCGAUCGAGGGGUACAAGUCGAUCACGGCCGGAUAAAGGCACCACGGUCGAUAAGAGCGAAUUCUACUUGUUGGAAAUAGAGAAAACGUUCCGUAUCGACAGAAAUUUCCUCACAAAGAACACGCGUGUUCUAGCGCAUGCUUUUCAUCCUUUCGAAUCCGCUCGUAAAUCCUUGUUUUAUCGAAGCAAAGGCGCAUACACACACACACACACGAUCGCUAGCGAAUUUUCACCAUUCCUUUUCACCGGGGUACAUAAACGACGAUAACCGUGGGCAGGGGAAUUUGCACGUUUUCUUUGGUCGAAUUGGCGAGUUGAUCGACUAGGAAAGAGAAUAAAAAUGAUCGUUUACGUUCCGGGUAGAAUGCCAAGCCACGUUGGUCCGUACGGCUCCGUUCGUUACCCGGGCACGCUGUUAGGAGCGGUACCGGGUUUUUACAGCCCGAUUUCCGGUUACUCCACCCGCCCGAACUCCAGCUACUACGGGAGCCUCAGCCUGCAUCAGCAAGCACCGCUGGACCUUCCGGUUUGGCCGCGAAGCAUGCCGGUCGAGGAGGAACUCGGAACUUCCCCAUCGACCGCGUUGCCGGGUUUGGGUGUUUCGCCGGAUGCAUUGGCGAACGGUGGCCCACCGAGCCCGACGCACAGCGACUCGGACGCCUCUAGCUCCAGCUUGGAACUCGGCUCUGUCCGCCGUGGCGAAAACGCCCAACUCAAGUGCAGAUGGCAGAAUUGUGGCCGUUGGUUUACGUCUUUGGAACAAUUGGCAGGACAUGUCGCGCGACUCCAUGCUGCACCAGGACCACGUGGGCUCUUCUACUGUGGUUGGGAAGGUUGUGCACGGGGUGAACGUGGAUUUAACGCCAGGUAUAAGAUGUUAGUCCACGUUCGAACGCACACGAACGAGAAACCGCAUCAUUGUUUCCAAUGUGACAAAAGUUUCAGCAGAGCGGAGAAUCUAAAGAUUCACGCGCGUUCGCAUACCGGUGAACGUCCUUACGUCUGUCCCGUUGAAGGCUGCAAUAAAGCUUACUCGAACUCCUCGGACAGGUUCAAGCACACUAGAACUCAUGCCGUGGACAAGCCUUACUGCUGCAAGGUACCAGGCUGUCCUAAGAGGUACACCGAUCCAUCGUCCCUGCGUAAACAUGUAAAAACCUACAGACACUACGUGAACAAUAACGAUAAGACACAGGAGAAGAGCUUCGAGGAGAACAACUCUCAGGAGAAGGCAAGGUUCGACACGGUCUCACCGGAAAAGCAAAGUAGUAGCACUCACUCUGAAUUGUCCGACAAAAAGGAUAGCAGUAUCGAAAGCAGCAUGUCAGGGUCGAGUCCGAAAGCCAGCAAUAGCUUCGAGGAACAGAGGAACUUCGUCGAAUGGAACAACAUGUACAAUUUGCAGGAUCAGCGUAAAGAACCGGAACAGAUGACGCCGAGGAAAACGUAUGAGCAGGAAGUGAAAAUUUAUCCGAGGAUUUAUGACGAUAGUUAUAUAAUACCAGAAAGAAUACAAGUGAAUCCCAUGUACGUUACCAGCAAUCCGAUUAUCAAGGAGAGUCCGCCUCAGUCGGUACAAUCGCCUCAGACCAGUCCGCAUCACGUCCCUGACACGUUGCCUCACAUCGGGAUGCAGUCGACGCCCAUUAAGAUCGAGGAACCCAUUGAAUGUCCCAAGGUCAGCACGGUGGAUUACAGAAACAUCGAGUCGAUCAUUAACAGCACACCCUGUAAGAAGGAGAACACCGUGGUUUGCGACCCCGUUAGACACUCUGUAAUAAAACGGGCGGAAGAUUUGAAGAUGGAGGUCGAGCAAAUACCGACCAAAGAGGACAUAUGCAAAGAUACCACCGAUUGUUGUUGCCGUCACAAAUGUUGCGUGCAUAAUAAUGACAAUAUAUUAGAGAAGACGAAGAUUCUUUCGGAUUUGAUUCUCAAAACGCAGAAUCCUCUGUUCAGACAUCUAUUGGGCACGGUGGAUCUACAAUAUGGAUUGCAGAACAUGUGGGGCAACAUCGUGGACACGAACAACACCUGUGGUCAAGACCUUCGAGUUAAGAAUGAGAAUGUCGCCGAGAUGGAGCAGGAUCUUCCAUUGGAUUUAACGGUUAAUAAGUAAAGAGAAUUUUAGAGGUCGUGUGGAAAUUAACUUUGCUGCACGUAAAGCAUGAACGCUCAGGAUUUUGCAGGCGCCUACGUUUUCUUUUCAAAUCGAUCUAUCUAGGUGUUUGAAAAAGAGAUCACCUUGAAUUAUUACCGACCGUAGCCAGUAUGAAACGUUUGAAGUCGUUCUGCGAUUGAGUGCCUUGACUCUUGGUGCUUUCUGACGAUUCUAUUUUUAUAAUCACGAAAUAUUCAGAUGCGAAAAUGUUUUACUUAAUGUUUUCAUAGGUGCAGGACGACUUUAAAUGUUAAUAAAUCUAAAUUGUUCGGGCUAUGGCCGGUUUUUGCGUUUGUAAUUUUAUAUCAAAUUGACUUCUCAAAAUUAGCUACGAUGUAUGAAAUGUUUGAGGAUCGAUAUUAUUUUCUAUACAGAUUAUUCGAUUUGCUGGUCACAAAAAGGUUCACUGACAAGAAAUGAGGUAGAUAUGAAGAUUGACGAGAAGGUGAAAAGGAGGAUUGUAUUAGCGAAAAGAAAGUUGUCCGUUUUCGUUAGACUGUGAAGCCAAAUAUAUUGUAAUACGUUAAUGUUUGUCGUAUGUUGAAGUUAGUCGAAGCAGAAACAGUUUGAUAUCGAAUGAGAUUUGCUCAAUCUUAAUUCGUUCAUAAUUCCCUUAGCGAUGUAAUUAGAAACUCUCAGAUUUAGAUUUACGGGUAAUUCGAUCAAUCGGCUGGAACGGAACGAUUGAAACGAUACCUGUAUAUACACGCGUUAAACCAAAACCUCACAAGCAGAUAAGAAUGAAGAAAAAGCAUGUAAGGUUGUGUACAUGUUUUACGAAAAUCCCAAGUAAUAUUACGGUCGAAGAGCCGCUGUAUCAUAAUAUGUUUGAAAGAAAUGACCCGGUACGUUAUGUUCAACAUCUAUGUAUAAUAUGUAUAUAAACCUGUAUUAUGUAUAAGGUAUCCAAAAUGUUAGAUGUAUGAAGAAAAGUACUUGCAUCUCUGCAAUGAGAAGAGCGUGUUUAACGACAUUAAACUAUUCAAUAAAAACAUUAUUUAUGUAAAAAAA